UGAGCCGGUUCCGCAUCGCCGCUGAGCCCGGAGAAGGAGGAGAGGAACAGAUGUUGCUGCCGUAGCCAGACAGCAGCUCGGAGAAGCGGCCAGCGGAGGAUGGUGUCUUCAAUUUUUAUUUAUUAUUGUUGAAUUUCAACAAAAUGAAGCGGCUUUACUCAUAACUUUGCGAGGAGGCGAUGAGAGGGACCCGUCCGCCGCUGCAGUAGAGGAGCAGUGACAUGCUGGCUUGUCUGCCAGCGUCAGGUGACCUCGCCAUCCGAUUUCUUCACCGCACGCAGAUGAACACUGGACUUCAGAAAUGGGAAACCACACAGAAGAUGAGAUCUGCUGCCCAUCCGACGCCUGCAGAGUUGGACGCCUAUGCUAAGAAAGUCGCCGACAAACCUCUGAGCAUCCAGAUCUUCCCAAACAGCAUCAAGGUUCCUCAGAAGAAACACGUCCGCCGCACUGUCAACGGCCUGGACACGUCGUCGUCCGCGCAGCGCCACAGCCCGUACCCUCCGCAGCUGGCCGCCGGCGCCGGGCUCCUGGGCCCGCCUGCGCGCCUCUAAGCCGCCAUGAACCCUCAGAGCGGCCCGUACGCCGCGCCCAGCACUUUAAACCUCCCGCACCUGGCCGCUCAGAAGCAGGGGGCGGAGCAUCCGCAGCAGAGCCUGGCGCACCCCAUGGCGCUGCAGCAUCACCAGAGGAGCAUUGCUCACUCUCAGGCUCUGCAGCAGCAGCAGAGGCUGACGCAUCCACCCGCCAUCCAGCGGCAGCCGCCCCCUCAGGACGUGGUACCCUGUGCCGCCGCCAUGCCGCAGCAGCACCUCCCUCACAUGCAAACUCUGAAGCAUCAAGCGGCUCCAGCUCCAGCUUUGGGAGCGACUCAGGAGCUGCGGCAUGUCCAGGACAGCGCGGCCAUGCAGGCGGCGCCGCCGGGCCCCUCCGCCCUGCCGCCGCCUCCGUACGGCAACCGUAAGCUGCCGGACGCUGACGCCCCGCCCAACGUGACGGUAUCUACCUCCACCAUCCCGCUGUCCAUGGCGGCCAGCCUGCAGCAGGCGCGGCCCGGCGACCUGAGCAGCAUCGUGCUACAGAUCAACCAGCUGUGCCAGGCGCGCGCCGGCAUGGGCGCCACGUCCGUCUGCGAGGGCCAGAUCGCCAACCCCAGUCCCAUCAGCCGCAACCAGCUCAUCAGCGCCAGCUCCAGGGUUUCCCAGCAUGCCUCUGGGGCUGGCGGCGUCUCCAGCUGCCUGCUGAUGGACAAGCCGGCCGCUCCGGCUCCCGCCUCGGCCUGCAGCAACAACAACAUGGCUGCUUUCCACCCGGAGAGCGACAAGCAGCUGCAGCAGCACCUACUGCAGCAGAAGCAGCAGCAUCUGCUGCAGCUGCAGCAGCAGCAGCGCUCCUGGGCGCAGCACCAGCUGGCCCACAUGCAGCAGCCGCCGGAGGGGGCGCAUCCCUGCAAAAACCCGCGGCUGGAUCCGGCGGCGGAGUGCGCCUUCCCCUCCCACGGCCUGAGCUACGGCCACAAGCCGCCCGCCAACGCCGCCGCGCACAGCUUCCCGCCGAAGCACGCCGCACACAAAACGCUGCCCCCCUCCUCCACCAACUGCUCCUACCUGAACGGCCACUACCUGCAGCCGGCGUGGGGCGCCGUCCCGGCCGCCGCCGGAAACAACGGGAGCACUCCUCAGGACCUGCCGGUGGGCUUUCAGGGCGGACACGCCGCCGCCGCAGAGCGCAUCCCGGGAGCCAAGUAUCGGCCGGGGAAGGACGGCUCGGCCGGCCAGCCCAAGCUGCUGCAGCACAGCGUGGAGUUCCUCGGCGAGGACUUCCAGAUCCCCGGCAUGCAGGAGCAGAGCGGGGAAUUGAUGCAUAAGAUGCACCGCGGCGGCGGCCAUCAUCACCAAGGUUACCAUUAGACUCCACAUCCACCCGUUUGUUCCCAACAGCACUUCGACCUGCUGAGCAGAGCCGGGCGAUAAAAAAUCGCUUUCUUUUCUUAAAAAGAAAAUCCAAAAAUAUUUUCUGAAGUGGAUUUUCUGGUUCCCUCUGAGCCACAAUAUAAAUGUUCUAAUUAUUUAAUUAUGCGAAUAUAGUCAUAAUUUUAGCAAAAUAAAGACACAAUUUUACCAGGGGGAAGUCUCUGCACUUGUAGCCUGGCUCUAAUAUUUCACCAUAGAGUUGACCUGAAGAGAACAGAAGCUGUAAAAAAACCACUUGUUAAACAAGAUGGCCACCAUGACAUCACUCCGACUCAGUGAGAUCAUUUGUGAAAAUAAAUCCAGACCUUUUAAUCUUCAGAAAACUAAAAUUUGAUUAAUCGAUGUGAUCGAUUUACCGCCCAGUUCUGCUCCAGAGUUUUGUGGUUUGGCUUCGUGUGAUGGACCGGCGCCGCACGGCGCCUUGGGGUUGUGAAGACCGCCGAGGCUGGGAGGCUCUCAGUGGAAGCUUCCCGAGCUCGAGCGUCGCCGCUCCGGACCGCCGCAGCACUUCUCAGUUUCACGACUUUUCUCAGCAUUCGUGGCCUUACGAGCACCCAGAGGCGAGUUCAGGAAGUCCUGGAACCACGGGUUCUCAUCUCCGCCCCGAACGCUCGGCUUUGCUCUGCGGUUCUGAACUUUCCCCGUCUCUUCGCCGGGUUUUCUUGUUGUUCUUUAGUUGUUGUGGAUCCGUAGAUCGCCCUACUUGAACUGUAGAAAUGUAAAAGUUUGGCAGAAGGAGGAGAAACUCCGUCUUUAAGUCUGGUUAAUGUGAAGCGAAAGCGUUCUGUCAGAACGGCGUGUGAUAGCGACUCCCCCUCUUCAGCGCAUCUACUCACCUCUUUCCUGAAGCGUCUCUGAAUCGGUUUGGUUUCUGUUAGCGAUAAGCAGCAAACCCACUUCCUGUGGAUCCUGGGGUUCGUUUGGAGGGAGCGGGUUUGGGCCGGUUCCAGGUUCUCAGAAACAUCCACCUAAAAAUCAUAACAAACAUCCGGAAACUUCAUCUAAUGCAUUAAUUUAAAACAGAAAAGAAAAAAUAAAUAAAUAGGGACGGAUUGAUUUCCUGCUGAAUAUUAAAAAAACGUUAGCUAGCUUUUCUGCCGUCAGCGUUGUUUAAUUUAUAAGAGGGGACGUCACACUGUGUGUGGAGGACCAUUUGGAUUGAAGUUAGGGUCACACUUAGUAGUCUGUAGCAUCUUGGUCUUUUAGCAUCAUAGCUAUAGAGCAUUUAGCUCCCUAUUAGCCAUUAGCACAGUUAGCAUGGCUAGUAUUUCUGUUGGUAUUCAACUGAAGAUUUAAAUCUUUGCUUCAACUUUCCCAAAGGCUGCCAAUGUUUCCUAAAUUUCAAUCACAAACAAAAGUUAAAAACUGAAAAGCCUUCCUGUUACCUGAUCUAAUUCUCGUGCUCUUUCCCAUCUUCUGGUCUGCAGAUAUUUCUCGACUUUUCAUUAAGAAAAAGUGUAGUCUGCUCAGUAGAGGAUUUCUUGAUGCAUUUUAAAAAUUGUAUUAAGACUAAAACAAAAAUCUUAUGCCGGAUUUCUACUGAGCGGUUCGGUAAGCCAUUUUAUGGUCCGAUAUGUUAAGGAGAGUUUCAGGAAAAGGGGGUAUAAAGUAAUCUCUGCAGGCCUUAUUGUGUGGAAUAUUAGUUAUUUUCUCACCCUUAUAAUUAUAGUUUGAUAACUGGUUAAUUUGUUGGACUAUCUCGUUAGCUGACAUGCUAGCUGUAGCAUGCUAACUGUAUUUUCACACGUUUAGAUGACAGUUGGCUACUUUUCCAGUUUCACAAUCAGAACUUCCCCCAAACUGAGGAAUUUCAGCCUCAUGUUCUGACUAUUUCAGCUCAGGUCAAACACAGCGGUUCACUCAGAAAUGCAGUUUCUCCUCCAACCUGACAGGGGGCGACAAUGAGGUGGGAAAAAAACUAACACUUCUGACAGUUUCAGAACUUUUUUUGCUGUAUUUGUAAAAACAUUGUUGGUUUUCUGAGUCGUCAUCAUUCUUAUUUGGCGCCCCCUCAGGAUGGGAGGAGUAUAUUCACUAACAAUCUUUGCUGCACAGUGGAUUGAUGAUUUUGGUCAGGGGUGUCCAAAGUGCGGCCCGGGGCCAUUUGUGGGCCCCGACUGCAAUUCAAGAAUGAUAAUAAUUUGAUCUAUUCAUCAGAAAUAAUCGAUCCAGAUGGUGAUUUUAUUUUUAAUCAGGGUAAAAUUAUUACGAACAUGAAAAAAUGUUAAGUUCAACACAAAGUAUAAAUCUUUUUAUAAGUAGAACCACAUCUAUCCAGAGUGUUUUUCCCCCUAAAUCAGCUUUUAUUUAAUGAAAAUGUUUUGAAGUAAAAUAAUCCAAAUGCUGAGAAUAAAUUUGUUCAAUCGAACUCAAAAGAAUUCAAAAACUAGAUUUGAUCCAGGAAAAUCAUUAUUAUGUUUUGGAUUUAUGAUGAAAAACUAAAAAAAUUAGACUGCUUUAUGUGUUUGAAUUUAGUUUUAUUUUUAAUUUCUUGGCCUGUGAAUACUUUAGACUCAAUCAUUUUGUCAGAAACCUUUCAUUUAUCUUUCUGUUGUAACUGAUAGGAAAUGUUGUCGCCUUUCUUUAAGCAAACUGACUGGCAGAAAGUUUUAGCAGUUUCAGCAGCCGGCCUAGUUAAAGCCCUGAUGCUGCUGCCCAUGCCUACAGAGUGACGCUGCACAGCGACUAAAGCCUUAAAUACGACUGUUAGCUUCAGGGUCGGAGCGCUGCCGUUGUCGUGGUAACUAAAAGCCGGACUCUGGUUUCUGAUUGGACGAGGUUGGAGCCGUCACUGAAACUCCCGCCCUUCUGACAUCUGGGGAGUUUUUCCAGCGUUUUAUAAAGUGGAUAGAGAUGUAGAGCGGGGCUGUAGCAGUCGUUUUAAAUGUUUCUGUUUCUGUUAGGGUUCUGAAAUACUUCUAAAUGUUUUUAUUUCUCUGUCCAGAAGCCAUACUAGUUUCCACUUCAGGGGCCAAAUGUGACUCAGCCGGUUCCACCUGGAUGAAGUCGGAGGCCUGAAUUAUUACGAAAGCUGAAUUAUUAUCGUAAAAAGUCAAACGGUGAUUUUUGGAUCGGUUCGCUCUUUCACUGCAAAAACACAAAAUGUCUCCGUUUUAGUCGACUUUCUACUGCAAAUGUCUUCAGUUGGGCUGAGACAAAAUUCAUAAAUAACUUUUCUACAAAUAUAGGAGCUUGUUUUUAGCCAAUGAUUCUUGGAUGUUGAUUUAAAAAUAUUCACUGGCAGAUUUUUUUUUCUUAUUUAUAACAAGACAUUUUUCUAUGAUUGAGUAUUUGGGGCGGACUGAAACAUUUUUAAAUUUUUUUGUUUUAUUACUAAAUCACCAGAAUAAAGUCAUAAAAUUACUUUAAAAAAAUGCAAAUAUUGCUGCUAUCUGCUACAGAUAAUAAUUUGUGUUAAAAGUUUUUAUUUGUGAAACUGACACCAAAGUUAAAGUUCACCAGAUGCUCAACAUUCCUAAUGUUUUCCUAAUUUAUUUUUGCAAGUUGUCAUAAAUUAAUACUUUAUUCUACUAUUACUAAAACUAAUAAUAUUAAUAUUAAUAGUUUACCUUCAUAUUAUUUCAACUUUAUUGUUGUGAGUUUUAUGAAUUUAUUCUGGUAAUAAUAUGUCAUUAAUCUCAUAUUAUUUAUUAUCAUAUAAUUAGGACUUUAUUAUAGUAAUAUUACUAUUCUUCUCUUGUUACGACUUUUAUUUCUUCAUAUUUUGACUUUUUCUCUUAAUGCUUAUUUUUCUUAAAUUCUUAUUUUUGUUCUGUUUCGACUUGCUGUUUUAAAAAUUUUAAUCUCUUAAUUUUGUCAUAAUUCUCAGAACACUACAGUUUUUUCCUCAUUAUUUUUCUCCUAACUUAUUUCUCGUAGUCUGACUCUUAACAUUUUGUCAAAUUUUUAUCAAUAAUUAAGAGUUAUUUAAGCAACACAAGCUCCUAUAUGUUCCUAUAUUCCUCUUUUCCUGAAAAGUUUUCCUCAGCUUCAAAUGUACAGAGAUAUUUGCUCCACAAAUUAGGCCAAAAAUAUUUGAGAUUUAGUUUUUUUCAGUUGGUUUAUAUAUUUCUGCUGGUUGUUAAAACUUUGUGGAGCUUUAAUAAGAAAAAUAUCAGAAAUGUCUCGUUUAAUGUCUUAUUUAGUUAAUUCCUGGCGUUUCUGAUGCGGUGCAGGAGCGAAGCGACCAGAGUCUCGUUUCGGCUCUUUAUACUUGACGGGAGUUAAUUUCUGCUUCCCUGGCUUUCGUUUUUGAUGUGCCUGUCCCUUUAAGCUGCUAUUGAAUUUAAUCAGCACACUGAUCCGGUGUGUGUCUAUAAAUAGUAACAUGAUCUGGGCUGCACCAGUGGAGGGAGAAACCCGCUCCGGUCGGGUGAACGGACACUCGGAGGCGUUGAAGCCGCCACACUAACCCGGAUUAAGUUUCACGUUUUGGGUUUUUCCCCCCAACAGCCAAUCAGACGAGCUCAAACACUAAACGGUCGGACCGAGCCGCCUCUGGUUCGGAACCGCCUCAGUGCAGCCCGUUGAAGUCAGGUUCUACUGUUUCAUAUGAAGUGCCUCCACUGGGCUUAGUAUGGACAAGUGUGUGUGUGUGUGUGUGUGGGCGUGGGCGUGUGUGUGGGUACCUGCACAGGUGUGCACAAAGUGAAUCUAAUGUGUGUGUGUGUGUGUUUCUGGGGGGGACCAAGCUACUUAUUGUAACUACUGAUACUGUGUGACGGACCCAAGUCCUGAAGCGUGCCACGACUCGCUGACGCUGUGGGGCGUCAACCGAUUGCUGCUGACUCACGACCAAAGUGACCAGGUGUCCCUCUCUCUCUGAGCGGCCAGCAGCUAGCGCCUAACUGUUAGCAGUUAACUGGAUCGGCUACUAGUACUUAAACUGACAAGUAGCAGCUAAUAGCUACUAAUAAUGAUGAGAGAAGCAGCUAGCCGCUAGUAUUUAGCGACUAGCUGCUACUAGAAUGGACAAACCACUAGUACUAGUGUGGACAAGAGAAACAACGGCUAGUGGCUAGUAGCUGCUAAUAUGCACAACAGAAGCAGCUAGCCACUAGCAGUAAGAUAUUACCUGCUACUAGUAUGGACAAGUGAAGUGGCUAGUGGUUUGUAGCUACUAGGAUGGACAAGAGAAGCAGCUAGCCAUUUUAGCAGUUAGCUGCUACUAUGGACAAGCUACUGGCCAGACAAGAGCGGCAGCUAGGUGCUACUAGUCCAUCCUAGCAGUGCGUGCUAACAUCUAGCAGCUAGCUUUGUCUUCUGACAGUAACAAUCUGGUGAUGUAAAGAACUGCUGCUGCUGCUGCUUUUGUUCUGUUGCUUUCAGAGAAUCUCGUGAAGUAAAAAUCAAAGAUGUGAACUGAGCAUAAGAAAAUCUAGAGUGAACGGGUCGUUUGGCGGAUGCCCAGGACUACGUUCUAAAGGGGGCGUCAGAUUUAUUGGAACUAAUGGAAGUAAUUUGUCUAAGCAGGUAUUCUGUUGCUUUUGAAUUGUAGAAAUUGCAGAUGUUACUUCACCUGGUUUGUGCAAAUCAGGAAUCAUUUCCUGGGUUUUAAUUGGUCGGGUUUGCCAGAACCGCCACUGAACCAGAGCUUUGUGUUUCCUGGUUCCGCUCGAGGUCCAGAGGGAGAUCGGUACACGUCUGUUUGCACUCUAAGACUCGUCUACUGAAGCACAUUCCGGUGAAGGAACCCAGCAGUCACUCUAGGUUUCUUAUUGCUCUGAUCCAGCUGUUUGGGUUGUGAGAACCAAAAUGUUCUGACCGCUGGUGGACGGGCCUUUCUGUCUCUGUGUGUGAAAAUGUGAUAUUUCCAGUUUUGCCUAACCUUCAGGAACUCAAAUGUCUUGCACAAACAUUCCCCCCCCCAAACCAAAAUAAAGUUUGCAAACACAAA